AAAUAUGGCUAGGGAGUCACCGGAACUGAUGCCUUUCACCUCUAUGGUGGUACACGGUGUUCCCGAGCUGGAAACCGGCACUGCUUGUGAAAAACACAUGCAUGACACACAGCAAUGGAGAUGGCUGUCAUCUCAGAUGGCCCCUGGCGCUUCUGGAGCCAUCUCCAUUUCCGACCACCUCGUCCCGCUCAUCUAACACUGAUUAACUUUCCAAAGCUGCUAUGUCUCACAUUCAACUCCCCGGAGGAGUUGUCCAUAGCACUUCAACGGUGGUAUGAGACCAAAGGAAAAAUUGGAGGACACAUCCGAUGCUGUGAAAGCAGACCCCGAAAUAUAAGGAGGCAGCAAACUGAAGCUUUAAUACGACCCAAAGCUUCGGUGACACUAGAGCGAUGCAGCUCUGAGAAUAACAGUCUGUGUCACCCAAGUGUCCGGCCUAAAUCCAUUGAAAAAAACUACAACGGGCCGGUUCUAUCGGAAUCGGCCAACUAGUUCCAACAUCAAGUCCCCCGCCAGCAGACGGUUUCACGUCAACUACCCCACAACACUCUGAGGUUGUUAGACUCACUGUCAGUUGCCUAUAUAGCAAUGUGAGGGGGCUGAGAGGAAAAGUAGGUGAACUCCGAAAUCUCCAAGCACACCUUCAACUGAAAAUAAUCAUUCUCACUGAAACGUGGCUAAACCCCACUAUCGCCGACAAUGAAAUCAGUAUAGGUGAUAUGGUACUGGUCAGAAGAGACAGGGAUAAUAAGGAAGGAGGGGAGUUGCUAUAUACUUUGAUAGGCAACUUAAAUGUGUGCGCGCAACGGACCCACC